GGAUCUAGUUUUUAGUAUCGACUCCUAUCGAAGGAGUCGAUACUAGCUCUGUUGUGUUGCACUAGGACCAGGUAUGUGUCUGCUCACAUAAAAUACCUUUACUAACAAUUCAUAGACAUUUUCAAAUAAUCAUUUCUAGACGUGGCGACUGAACUUGUCAGAGAAAUGGAAGUUGAAAGUUUCGUUUGCAAAACGCUUGAACUCUUGCAAGAGGAGAGAGAAGCUGAGAUAGAAGAAACAAGGGCAUGGCAAAAGAAUCUGUCACUAAAAAGUCUACAACAAAAAGGAGUAUGCUUGCUGAAACUUCAAAUUGGAAGUCAGAGGACAGGAAUGCAUGGCAGACUUCUGGUUUCGUUUGAGCCUCGGAAAAGUAUCGGACCUUCACUUCUUCCCAGUCACGGUUUCGGACCUGGAGACAUUGUGGGUCUUUAUGAAUCAGAAGGAUGCAGCCAGCCUGAUCAGCUUUGCUCGGGUGUGGUAACCCGUGUGACACAAUCAACAGUAACAGUUGCUUUUGACGAAACACAUGAUGGCCUCAAUCUGGAAAGUGAUGGACUAUAUAAUAUUAUGAAGCUUGCAAAUGAUGUAACUUAUAAACGAUUGACUCAUGCUUUAAACUCUUUGAAUGGAUACAGAAGUGGUCCUGCUGCACAUCUAAUAAGUGUCCUCUUUGGCAACUCUGAGCCUGGAAUGUUGUUGCAGCAGAAUGAUUUAGAGUGGAUUAAUGCUGGAUUAGACAGAUCUCAGCAGGAGGCUGUUUCAUUUGCGCUCGCUCAGAAAGACGUCGCUAUCAUACACGGACCACCAGGGACGGGAAAAACUACAACUGUGGUGGAAGUUAUUCUACAGGCUAUAAAACAAGGCCAGAAGGUUUUGUGCUGUGCUCCAUCCAACGUGGCUGUGGAUAAUUUAGUGGAGCGCCUGGCUAAAUGCAAGGCUAAGGUCCUGCGCCUGGGACAUCCAGCACGUCUGCUAGAGUCGAUCCAGAAACAUUCCCUGGAUGCCGUGCUUGCACAGAGCGACAACACUAACAUUAUUGCAGAUGUUCGAAAAGACAUGGAUAAAGCCUUUAGUCAGAUAAAGAAAGUACGUGACAAAGGACAGAGAAGCAGCCUAAGGAGAGAAAUAGGAGAACUGCGAAAGGAACUAAAGAGCAGGGAGGAGAUGGCUAUCACCCAAAUCCUGAAAAGAGCCAGUGUUAUUCUGGCAACUAACACUGGAGCUAGUAAUGAUGGUCCACUGAAGCAUUUGCCAAGCGAGCAUUUCGACCUGGUGGUGAUAGAUGAAUGUGCUCAGGCUCUGGAGAGCAGCUGUUGGAUCGCACUGCUCAAAGCACGCAAGUGCAUCCUGGCGGGAGAUUACAAGCAGCUGCCACCAACAAUUAAAUCUCAGAAUGCAGCUGCUAAAGGUCUGUCUGUGAGUUUAAUGGAGCGGCUGAUUCAGAAGUACGGAGACUCGAUAGUUCGAAUGCUGACCACUCAGUACCGUAUGAACAGUGCCAUUAUGCAGUGGGCAUCAGAGCAGAUGUACCAAGGAAAACUGACCGCACAUCCUUCAGUGGAGAAACAUUUAUUGAGAGGCCUAGCUGGUGUAUCUCAUGUUGAGGAGACCAGCAUACCUUUGCUUUUAGUUGACACUGCUGGCUGUGGUCUUAAUGAAAUGGAGGACACCGAUGAACAGUCAAAGGGCAAUCGGGGUGAAGUUGAUAUAGUGGCUCUUCAUGUGAGAACCUUGACUGAGGCUGGAGUGCAGGCUAAAGACAUUGCAGUCAUUGCGCCUUAUAACCUACAGGUAGAUCUGCUAAGACAGAAGCUCUCAAAUCAGUAUCCAGACCUGGAGAUCAAAUCUGUAGAUGGCUUUCAAGGCAGAGAAAAGGAGGCAGUGUUGCUGUCCCUGGUUCGAUCUAAUAGAAAAGGAGAAGUUGGAUUUCUUGCGGAGGACAGAAGGAUCAACGUGGCUGUAACACGUGCCAGACGUCAGCUGGUCGUGGUAUGCGAUUCCCAGACUGUCCGAAACCAUGACUUUCUCAAAAGCUUGGUUGACUACAUGUCUGAGCACGGGGAGGUUCGCACUGCUUUCGAGUACUUGGAGGACCUGGUGACUGAUAACUACCACUGUGAUUUUAAAGACCAACAAAAUAACAUUAAAGCAUCUUCUAGUAAAGCAAAGGCAAGAAAUCAACAAGGCAAAGGGGUUGAGAACAAGUGCAAUAAAGUCUCUGAGUGCAAAAGCAAAGGAAGUGGUCAAUCAAAGGAUGAUUCCAACGUUGGCAAUAAUCUAAAGUCACGCCUUUCCAAACCAAAAGCAGACAAUCAGGUUGAGUCUCAAAUUAAGAAAGAAGAGAUGCGGCAGCAGAUCCUUAUCUUCCUGGACAACCAAAGUCAGGCAGAGCUUCAGUUUCCUUCCUCUCUGAAUUCACAUGAACGUCUGCUGGUUCACCAGAUCUGUGAGGAGCUGGAACUGAAGCAUGUGAGCAAGGGAACAGGAAAAGAGCGCCAUGUCACUGUUUUCAAACCCGUGGCAGAGCCAGAAAAGAGACUGGAAAAGGAAUCAGAGUCCACAAGUGCAGAAAUCCAGAUUCCAGAGGAACAAACAGAAAGAGAUUCCAACAAGCAAGUACUGAAGCCUGCUGUAGAUUUGAAAAGCUUGCAUUUAGAGCGUAUGCGUCGGGAGAAAGAAAAACGGGAGGAGAAAAUUCAGAGCAAAAGACUAGAGAGAGAUCUUAAAGAAAGUAAAGGCUCAUCCACAAAGAAGAACAAAGGAAAGGGGAAAAUGAAAGCAGGGGCUGUGGACAUUGCUGCAGCUGCUACAGCUGAUGAUGAUUUUGAUGCACUCGUUGAUGCUGUGGUGAAAGCAGAAAGCGUGUGUAGCUUCAUGAAGUGUAAAGCCAGUGUGCUCACACUGGGGCAGCUGUGUGUCUACUGUAACAGACAGUACUGCCUGAGUCACCACAUACCAGAGGUCCAUGGAUGUGGAGACAAAGCAAAGGCGCAGGCUCGUAUGAGAAUAAGCAAAGAGGGAGUGCUGUAUGCCGGCAGCGGACAGAAGGAUAAGUCCAUCGAUCCAAACAAAAAAGCAUACCUGCAACGCAAACUAGACUCUAAACUUAAAGACAUGGCAUGCCAAAGAAAAUCCAAAUCAAAAGAUAAAGAACACUGAGUAAUUCAGUUCUGCUUUAUAAAAUGUAUUUAUUCUAAUUAAACAAAGGAAGUAUUGUGUGUUUCACAGAAGUAGGAUAGAAAUUAAAUGAUAAUUUGUCAACCAUAUGAACCUCCAUAUGGUUAGCGCAUCACUUUUUUCUUCAUAUCACACACUGAUAGCAUUUGGCAGACACCUUUGUCCAGCGGAACUUACAUUUUAUCAUACAACUAAGCAAUUAUUAAUUAAGGGCCUUGCUCAGGGGCCCAGCAGUGGCAGGAUUGUGGCCCUGGGGUUCAAACGCAACCUUCUGGUAGUUAAGUUUUGGUAGUUAAUCACUAUGGAGCAGUUUAAGUAGUGCUAAUUUUGGGAGUAACAGGAUGUGCAACAGUUAAACAAACCAGAGGACACGUACAAUACAUGUAGUAGCUACACUUACUUCAUUAAGAACAUCUGUACACCUGUGCAUAAAGUCACAAGGAUACAGGCUAACAGCUUCAGUAAUGUUCACAUCAAACAUCAGAAUGGGAAAAAGAUGUGAUCGUUACUCUUGGCGACAGACAGGCUGGUUUAAGUAUUUCAGAAACUGAUGAUUUUCUGGGAUUUUUACAGAUUGGUUUAAACCAGAUUGGUUAAAGCCAACAGGAAGUAUACAGUAAAUAUAAUAAGCACUAUUGAGGAGGAUUUGUGCUAAAAAAGCAGCACUUUGGGGUUCAUUCCAGUCAACCAAGAACAGGAAACCCAGACUAAAACUAAAGACUAAAACAGACUAAAAUCCUGGUCUUUAUCCAAUCUUUCAUUUCAGUGAUCUUGUGUCCACAGUAGCCUGAAAUUGUUUAUGGCUGACUAGAGUGAACCCCAAUGUGCUCUGAGUUCAUCUGUCUUCUCUCAUCAGCAACUAGCUUUUAACCUGUGACUGCCUGACUGUAUGUAUACACUGUGCUGCUUCAAAAGGAAUAGCUGAGUAUAUAACAUCAUAAAUACGUAGUUAUUCCUGAUGAAGUGCUCAGUGUGUGUAUGUCGUUAUGGAAAAAGAAGAGUCAUCACUUGUAGCAAAACAUUUUUAUUGCAUAUAUUUCAUUAUUAAAAAAUCCUUUGGAUAUGUCUGAAGGAACAUUCUCAUACAUUUAACAGACAUUUUGUUAUAUUUGCAGAUAUAUCUGAUCCUAAAGCAAAAAAAAAAAACAAAAAAAAAAAACAUGCGUGUGUUGUAAAGAAUAAAUGGAAAGAGGUAGAUUUGUACUGGGAGUUGACAGAAUAUGAAAUUGCUACAUGUGAUUUGUUAGAAAGGAAAUUGGACAGUUUUUUGUUAUUUUGCGAACAUAGAGUAUAACUAAUAAUAAUUUGAGCAGUAAGAAAAGAAAAAAAAACAGAAACAAAAGAGCAGCAGCAUCUCACAUUGCUCCCAUGUAGUUACAAGAAUUGACUCCUUUUUAAGAGUAGCUGUUCAACACUAAUCUUUAAUUCACCAAAUUGGUGUCUUUAUGCUACCUAUGUGAUGGAGAACUACUAUAUUUUCAGUGUAACUGCUGUUUAAUAUGCAUCUGAUUUGUAAUGAGCUACCUAUAUAUUUUAUGAAUAUAGCAUGCAUGCAUACAUAGUUUUGUUAAAAAUUUCAAUGAAAGCAUUGUUGUGGGCAGGUAAAGCAGGAGAAAGCAAACAUGCAGUGUUGAAAUGAUUCUACACUCUAGUCCCUAAUGAUUCCAUGCUUUUUGGACAGAUUUUUAAAUGGCUCAUGAAGGGUUGUUAUUAAUGUGAUAUGAUAUGAUUUUGUUAAUAAUAUGUGCCUUGUUAAUUGUGGAGAUCAGUUUAAAAAAAUAUGCAAAGGGAUCAUCAGUGGGACUGGGAUUAAACACCACUACAGCACACACCUGGUAUAGUUAACAUUUUUAGUAUAAAAUGGUAUUUUAUUUUGUCGAGAGUAAUAAUAAAGGAAUAGGAAUAAAGUGUUUAAAACCCCA